AGCUGUAGUUAGUGAGUCCAGGGACAAAGAGCUACAAAGAUAGAAGUGUCUCAAGAUUAAAAAAAAAAAACAUAGUAGGAGAAUUGAAAAAAGGAGGAUUUGGAUCAGUAACCUACUCUGCUCAGUGAAACCUGGACAGUACGUUGGAUCUCAGGACCAUCUUUUGAAAUGGCUCUCCUGUUCUUUGUCUUGAUCUUAACUUUUAUCCAAGCUGAAUUUGAAAGUGUUUCAGCUUCAAAUGUCCUUUUUGGGCCAAAGCAGAUAACUGGAUUGCUUGGUGGUUCUGUGAGUAUAAAAUGUUUCUAUCCUCCCAGUACUGUGAAUAUUCAUUCCAGGAAGUACUGGUGCAAGGAAACAAGACGUUGUUAUACCCUUAUUUCUUCUAAUGGUUUUGUUGACAAUGAUUACAAAGGCAGAGCCUCCCUAACUGACUUUCCAGAUAAUGGCAUAUUCAUCAUAGAAAUAUCAGACCUGAGGAAAAAAGACGUGGGUCUGUACAGAUGUGGCAUUGGCUUAAAUGACUAUGGACUGUCCUUUAGAGUGAAUCUGGAAGUUAGUCAAGAUCUGGUACUACCUGAAGAAGCUCAACUUUAUUAUGCUGAGGAGCAAAAAACAGUGACUAUGACCUGUGACUUUGGGAUUCAGUAUGCAAGUGAAAGGAAGUACCUGUGCAAGAUGACAAAAACUAGUUGUUACAAUGUGAUUGAUACAUAUGGAAAUAUUGAACCAUCCUACUUAGGAAGAGUUCUAUUGACCAAUCUUGAUUCUCCUGGAUCUUUCAGUGUUAUCAUGAGCCAGUUAAAGAAGCAAGAUUCAGGUUUAUAUCUUUGUGGAGCUGGGAAUUAUGGAUCAGAUGGAGAAUCCAAAGAACUGGAUCUACAUGUCUAUCAAGAUAGAUUGGCACCUAAACAACAGACAGUGCUAAAUGGAGUCGAGGGUGGUUCAGUGUCUGUUGAAUGUCGUUAUAGUCCAAAAGAGAAUGAUACAUUGAAAUACUGGUGCAAGUGGAGACAACAUGGGUGCACUGAAUUAAUAAAUAGUAAUGGAUAUGUGCUGGAUUCCUAUGAGGGAAGAGUUGCAAUGCAUGAUGAUCCAGAAAAUGGCAUAUUCACUAUCAUACUGAACCAACUGAAGAAGAAUGACAUAGGCUAUUACUGGUGUAUGACAAAUGGAAAAACGGAAAGGAAGUCCUCAGUAGAGGUGAAGAUUGUAGAAGGGCAACCUACAUUGCUAGCAGAGAAAGAAGUCAAGAUUGCUGCUGGCUCCCCACUGACUAUACCAUGUUCUUAUCCAUGCAAAUAUGCGAAUAAGACAUACUGGUGCAAGUGGACGAACACUGGAUGUAAACCUCUCAUCUCAUCUGAACAAAAUCAGACUGGCUUGGUAGUUAACUGUGAUAAAGAUAGUAGAAUUUUGUCUCUGGACAUUGACCAGGUGACACCCACAGAUCAAGGGUGGUAUUGGUGUGGUGUCAGACAUGGGCAGCAAUAUGGAGAAACAGUUGCAGUACAACUGCAAGUCCAAGGAGUACUUCCAAACUUCGAAGAAUCUUUCAGACUCAAUGAAGACCACAGUGAUAUUGCCAUUCCUGGAAUAAACCCUGUUAAUAGUGAUUUUCCAGCAAACAGAGCUGAUCAGGAAGCUGAAGGUGGAAGUUCAGCAGGCAGCCAUGGUGAAAGUAAAAACUCGGUUGUUCUUCUUGCCACUUUGAUCCCCUUUGGAGUUGUGUUUCUGCUUCUCAUCACAGUCUUUGUUGUAAAGUUCAGAUCGUUUAAGAAUUCUGAUCUUGUAUCAGUUGGAAGCUAUAGGACAAAUAUCAGCAUGACAGAUUUUGAGAAUGCAAGACAGCAUGGGGCAAAGGACAAUGCAUGCCUGGAAGAAAUUCAUGAGACCCAAAUAGGGAGGAAGGAUGAGUAUGCAAAUACUUCUGGCAGUCCUAAGGAGGCUGGUAAAUCAAAGAAACUGAAGAGGGGCUCCAAAGAGGAAGCUGAAAUGGCUUACACAACAUUCCUGCUUAAUUCAGACAACAUUUCUAAAGUAACCUCCCCAGAGCAGUAGAAUUUAGCAAUCAGCUGAAUAGUCUCAUCUGGGACAGUUCUGAAGACCAAUGAAAAUCAAUUAUGCCUUGAUGACUGAAGACAGAUCAUGACUGGAAUCAACAAACAAAUUCUUAUACUAAUUGAGAUUCUGAUAUUUUUCCCAAGUUGUUUCAAUUCUAUCACUGCUUAUCCAGUUAGGCACUUUUGAAUCUGGUAUGUUGCUUUAAGAGUAAACCGCUUCAUUCACACUGAAUAAUAAUCUUCUUAACUUUAUAAACCUGACUGUUUUUUGAAAUGAUGUUUUAAAUGUACUUGUUCAGGAAUUUUGCACAUGUGAUUUGGUUAUCUUCAUAUAGAAGGCAUAAACUCAAGAGAUCCUAAUGGGAAUU